CCAAGAAGCAAUUUAGAGUAGCAGAGAGAAAAUCAAUUUCCCGCUCAAAAAUCAAACCCUCCAAUUUAAAACUCAUAAUUGCAUUCUGAUGAAUUCAUUACUCAUGUAUAUAUCCACCAAACUAUUCUCUAUUGAAUCCAUUCAAUUACCCUAAACUUGAUUUUAUUGUCUAAUUAAUCUUUCACAACUCACAAACCUCAUGUCAGCUCCAUCGACUCGCAGGCUCAAGGAUCGCAACGGCGAGGGAGCCAAAACCGCCGCUGUUCAGAAAUCCAGGAAAACCCUCACCCCAAUUUCAACCUCGGAAUUUAACACAAGUUCCACCCUAAAAAAAUCACUAUCUGCUAAAGAGAAUCCCAGGCUCAAUUCACGGGCCCAGAAGCCCGCGAUCAGGCCAGUGCCGCGUCUCGACAAGGCUGCCGCCGCUGUUGUUCCGGGAACUGAUGGCAGUGAAGGGCGCUUACGGUGGUCUACGUCGUCGGUUCCGAGAGGUAGGAGCUCAAGCCCUUCUGAGUUCAUUAGGGUUUUUAGAGAUUCUAGGGUGGUGUUGAGUGCAGGCAAAAAGACUGGGACUAAAGGCUUUAGAGAUUGUAAAGAAAAUAGAGAAUUUGGUGUGGAAUUAGGGAGGAAGAGCGGAUUUUGUGAACGAAAUUAUGCGAAAGCAGUGGAAAAUGAGAAUAAUUCAAGUGGAUGUAGGUCUGUGAACGGUAAUUAUGACAAAGGGGUCAAUUUAACCUCGAGCUUGAUAAAAUCUAGCAAGGUUGAUGAUGUUUCUGCUUCAAAUGUAGAAUCCAAAAUCCCAAAAGGUGUUAAGAUCGAUAAGUUAUGCCCAGAUAAGUUUGGGUCUGAUGAAUUAAAUUGUCUAAACGAGUCUAGUGUGAGAAAUGGUAGUAAAGCAAGAGUUUUGGAGAACUCGAAGGAGAAGGACUUGAUUGAAGGGAGUACUGGUAGCAAGCCUGGUGUUAAAUUUUCGAGCAAGCUUCAUGAGAAGCUUGCAUUUCUGGAAGGGAAAGUGAAGAAGAUUGCAUCUGACAUUAAGAGGACAAAGGAGAUGUUGGAUAUGAAUAAUCCAGAUGCAUCCAAGGUGAUACUUUCGGAUAUUCAAAACAAGAUUUCAGGAAUUGAGAGGGCAAUUGGAGGUGAUUCAUCCAAAAAUGUUGGCAAUGAAGGUGGAGAGAAUGAGGUCCCUGGGAAUAGUAAAAUUGAGAAAGCAGAUCAGGCGAAGGGUUCAGUUAAGGGAUUGAGCAAUGAGGAACUUGAAGCAAGACUUUUUCCUCAUCAUAAGGUGCUUAGAAAUAGAGCAUUAAUGAAGGAAUCAUCUGGAAGUUCUGAGAGUUCCAACGGGUCUAAUUUCCCUGACUCAAUUUGUGAGUCAGAGAUCAAAGAGAAGUUGUUGAGCCCUAUUGAAGAAAAUCCAAUAGCAGUAGAAUUUUUGUCUUCCCUUAAUAAGGAGGAUACAAAAGUAACUCUGAGAGAUACAAAGGCUGGCAUUGAAUCUUGUGAUGUUAAAGAAACUAGUGGUACUGCAGCUUCAGGAAAACAAGAUUCAUUGAACUCUUCCCAUGCCAAGUAUAGUGAGGAGCUUGAUCUUACAACUGAUGAGACACUUGAUGAGUUUGAUGACCGGGAAAAUAGAAAAGCAGUUGUAAUUGGUGAGGAGACUGAAGAUAAUUCUGUCUAUCAAGUAAACCAAAUAAGCCUCAAAAGUGCAACAGGAGGAUGGUUUGUGUCAGAGGGAGAGUCUGUUCUUCUUGCUCAUGAUGAUGGAUCAUGCUCCUUUUAUGAUAUUGCUAAUUGUGAGGAAAAGGCUGUAUACAAGCCCCCAGAGGGAGUCUCACCUAAUAUGUGGAGAGAUUGUUGGAUAAUCCGUGCACCAGGUGCUGAUGGAUGCUCGGGGAGGUAUGUUGUGGCUGCAUCUGCUGGGAAUACUCUUGAUUCAGGAUUUUGUUCAUGGGAUUUCUAUACCAAAGAUGUGCGAGCUUCUUACAUAGAAUAUGGGGAAACAAACACCUCAAGAACAAUUUUAGGUCACAUUCCCAGUAAUACUACAUACCGAAGAAAUGCUUUGUCUAGCAUAUCAUUGCCAGAAACUCGACAAUGGUGGUAUAGACCAUGCGGGCCACUUAUCAUAUCUACUGCGAGCUCUCAAAGGGUUGUGAAGAUAUUUGAUAUACGUGAUGGAGAGAAAAUAAUGAAAUGGGAGGUGCAGAAGCCUGUUUUAGCAAUGGAUAAUUCAAGUCCAUUGCAGUGGAGAAACAGAGGAAAAGUAGUUAUAGCUGAAUCAGAAUCGAUUUCUGUGUGGGAUGUCAACUCUCUUAACCAACAAUCAUUGUCAUCUAUUUCUUUGUCUGGUCGUAAAAUCUCUGCUCUUCAUGUGAUUAACACUGAUGCUGAAUUAGGUGGUGGGGUUCGGCAAAGAGUAACGUCUGCAGAAGCUGAAGGAAAUGAUGGUGUGUUCUGUACCCCUGAUGCUGUUAACGUUUUAGACUUUCGUCUUCCAUCUGGCAUAGGUCUUAAAAUACCUAAAAUUGGUGUCAGCGUGCAGUCAAUCUUUACUCGUGGAGACUCGAUCUAUAUUGGCUGUACUAAUAUGAGGUCUGCAGGGAAGAAAGACCCUUGUUCACAGGUGCAACAAUUCUCGUUGCGGAAACAAAGGCUAGUCAGCACAUACUCUAUGCCAGAAUCUAAUGCUCACUCGCAUUACUCUGGCAUAACACAGGUUUGGGGAAAUUCUGAGUUGGUUAUGUGUGUUUGUGGGCUGGGCUUGUUUGUGUUUGAUGCCUUGAAGGAUGACAUCAUGCAGUCUUGUGCUGUUGAUUAUGGUAGCACGGAAAAGGUAAAAGAAGUUAUUGGUCCAGAUGACAUGUGUUCCCCUUCUUUUGACUACUUUGCAUCUCGUGUCCUCCUAAUAUCAAGAGAUCGUCCAGCGCUGUGGAGGUACUUACCAUAGGCAUAUGUAAUAAUAUCUAUUUAUAUAUGCUUGGUGCUGCUGGUGUAAUUUGUUUAGGUGACAGGACACUAUCAGGGUGGCAAAGAGCUUCUGUUUAUGUACUAAUGUAUGCUGUUAAGUUUAAAAACAAUAUACUAUUUAUUGUGGCAGGAGCUAUUGAAGAAUAGGAUGAUCUUGAAAGGACA